AUGGGUCUCGGGUCCCUCCUCACGGCCUCUCUGCUGGCCCUGAGUGCAUUUUCUCCCGUUUCGGCAGCGCCGUCCGCAUCCCUCAACACUACGGCGGCCCAAGCCGGCUCCAGCUCGAGCUGGUGGCUCUCCAGCAUCAAACGACAGGGUGCCGUUCCCAGCAACGGCAACUUCAAAGUUUACCGCAACGUCAAGGACUAUGGUGCCCGCGGCGAUGGCUCUACCGAUGACACUGCCGCUAUCAACGCCGCCAUCACUGAUGGUAACCGCUGCGGCCAAGGCUGUGACUCCAGCACUACGACUCCUGCUCUUGUUUACUUCCCUCCUGGAACCUACGUCGUCUCGAAGCCCAUUAUUCAAUACUACUAUACCCAGCUUGUUGGUGAUGCUGUCACCCUGCCUACCCUCAAGGCCGCCGCCAACUUCCAGGGCAUUGCCGUGAUCGACUCCGACCCCUACGCUGAUGGUGGUGUCAACUGGUACACCAACCAGAACAACUUUUUCCGCCAGAUCCGCAACUUCAAGAUUGAUAUUACUGCCCAGGGCAAGUCUACUGGAACCGGUAUUCACUGGCAGGUCGCCCAGGCCACUUCUCUCCAGAACAUUGAGUUCAACAUGAUCAAGGAUAAGAGCAGCGACAACAAGCAGCAGGGCAUCUUUACCGAGAACGGCUCUGGCGGCUGGAUGUCUGAUCUUACCUUCAACGGCGGCAACCUCGGUGUUUUCUGGGGUGCUCAACAGUUCACCACCCGCAACUUGAAGUUCAACGGAUGCCGGACUGCCAUUUACAUGAACUGGAACUGGGCCUGGACCUUCCAUGGCCUCAACAUUGACAGCUGUGAUAUUGGUCUGGACAUGUCUAGCAACGGCCAAGACCAGCAGCAGGUCGGUGCCGUUAUUGUCCAGGACAGCGUAUUCUCCAACACCCCCGUCGGCAUUGCCACGCGCUACAGCACUGGCCAGAACGAUACCCGCGGUACCCUGGUCGUCGACAAUGUCGAUUUCAGCAAAAACUGUCCCGCGGCUGUCCAGAACCCCCAGUCCAAGACUACAUUGCUCCAAGGCAACACCAAGGUUCAGUCUUGGAUCCAGGGUCGGGCUUACAAGGGUAGCAGCGGUAGCGCUGUCCAGGCUACUCAGAGCCCUGUUUCCAAGCCUGGCGCGCUCCUUGAUGGCUCUGGCAAUAUUUUCACCAAGUCGAAACCCCAGUACAACAACGUCGAUGCUUCCAAGUUUGUGUCUGUCAAGUCCAAAGGCGCCAAGGGCGACGGUGUGACUGAUGAUACCGCUGCCAUCCAAGCGGUCUUCAACAGCAUCGGCAGUGAUCAAAUUGUCUACUUCGACCACGGCAACUAUGUCGUCACCAACACUGUCAAGGUCCCCAAGAAUGUCAAGAUUGUCGGUGAAAUCUGGCCAAUCAUCUUUGCAGGCGGCAACAGCAACUUCCAGGACCAGAGCAACCCCAAGCCUGUCUUCCAAGUUGGCAACCCCGGUGACGUUGGCACUGUUGAAAUCCAGGAUAUUAUCUUCUCCACGAUGGGUCCUCAGCCCGGUGCUAUCCUGAUGGAGUUCAACGUUGCCGGUCAAGACAAGGGCGCUGCCGGUCUUUGGGACACUCAUUUCCGCGUUGGUGGCUUCGCUGGAACCAAUCUUCAGUCCGACAAGUGCUCCAAGAAUCCCUCGCUGAUUGCUGGGCCUAAAGCCGAGUGCAUUGGUGCCUUUAUGCUCAUGCACAUUACCCCUCAGGCCAGCGCCUACCUCGAGAACACCUGGUUCUGGGUUGCCGACCACGAGCUUGAUCUUGGCGACCAUAACCAGAUCAACAUUUACAACGGACGCGGCAUUCUGAUCGAGAGUACCAAGGGUGCUUGGCUCUGGGGAACUUCUUCCGAGCACAGCGUUCUGUCCAACUACCAGCUCAGCAAGGCCAAGAAUGUCUACAUGGGUCUCAUCCAAACCGAGACUGCUUACAUGCAGGGCAACCCUGAUGCCAAGGUACCCUUCAAGUACAAUGCCAAGUACAGCGACCCCGACUUUUCGAAGUGCACUGGUCCUAAGUGCGCCAGAACCUGGGGCCUCCGCGCUGUCGAUUCCAGCGACAUCCUUGUUUACGGUGCUGGUCUCUACAGCUUCUUUGAUAACUACGAUCAGAAGUGUGUCGACGGCAACAACUGCCAGGACAACAUUCUGGACAUUGAAAACUCAAGCAUUCAUAUUUUCGGUCUUGCCACCAAGGCGAGCAUCAACAUGGUUACUCUUAACAGCCAGUCCGUUGCUCUCGACAAGGACAACAGAAACAACUUCUGUGCUGCUCUGGCAGCGUUCUCACCCUAG